CUUUGCCAAACUCGCUCCUUCGCUCAUUCACCACCCACCACUCCUUGCCUGUUUACGCCCCGCCAACGUGCGCCGCCUUCUUCCGCCUUCUUCCGCCUCCUCUGUGCUUCCAUUGCCUUCUCUGCGUUUGGUCACCAUGGCUACCAGGCGGUCAAAGUCACAGCGUGCACCCGCUGCCUCUGACUAUGAAACCGACACCGACGCCGCCCACUUGUCCUCUCUCCCUCCUCCUCCUCGUCGCACGAACGAUCAACUGAAUCUCUCCGUCUUGCGUCGUUUCGAGCCCGACGUCACCUCGAUUCUUUCCUACGCCUCGUACUCGGUGCUCUACAUCUUCCAGCCAGACGGCCAGUGGGAGAAGUGCGGCAUCGAGGGCACCCUGUUCGUCUGCGCCCUCACUCCAUCACCAAUUGGCGCAGAGCGAUUCACCGUCAUCAUCCUCAAUCGUCGCGGCCUCGACAACUUCAUCACCGAGCUCAAGUCGCCCGACAACGUCGACGUCACCGACGAAUACAUCAUCUUGCAGGUCGCUGGUAAGGACGGUGCUCCCCAGAUCUACGGUCUUUGGAUAUUUGCAGAGCCACCCCCAUCUUCUACAGCUACUGCCAGAACCAUGAAUGCCAACACCAUCUGUGGUUGUGCUGAAAGGGCUGAGAGCAGCCGUGUCGCUGCCGAGCAGCAACAAGGUCACCAAGCAAUGGCUCAAGCCGAAGCCGCCGCUGAGGCUGUUACUGAAGAACAUGGCGCCGACAUGGACCGCUCGGUGUCGCUCACGGAGUUGUUCGGUCAGCAGCGCGAGCAGGAUAGCGACUUUACGAUCCACAAUCAUCACGAGAACCAGUCUGCCUCUGAACAGGCUACUGCUCAGCCUGCUGUCCAGAUGCCAGUCCCCUCAGCUGCAGGCAUCAUGGCUGCACCGGCGAACACUGGCACCCCCCAGUUCGCCCCUACUCCCGACAAUGCCUUCUUCCUGAGCGGCCCUCGCCCUGCGGCUCAGCCUCCGCAAGUUGUCAACCAGGCCCAAGCUGCCCAGCUGUUGCAGCUGUUCCAGCCCCCCCAGGCUCCCCAGGCCCAGCCCCAGGCGUACAGUGGUUUGUAGAUUGCCUCGCACAAUGCAAGAUCAAACUUUCUUAAAGGAACUGUUGAUGUUGCGCUAUAGGAUACCUCCACCCUCAUCUCACGCUUCCUUGGGACGUUCUUCAGGUGCGCAUUCCCGGACUCGUUGCGGUCUUCGAAGGUCGCGCCAUCCGCAUCGAUCGCCUUGCCAACGGAGACCUGCACAUCGAAGCUAUGCGUGACGCCAGAGUCGAUCCGUUCGACCCUGAGAGCUAUCUGCCCCUGUCACCCACUUCACGCCUUUGGUCCGGUCUGCUUGACGAGAAUCCCUUCUGGGAUGAAGUCGAGAGCACCUUCUGGGAG